CGCAUUGUUGUGAUAGCUGUGGGGAAAAGCGCUCUGAGUGAAUUCACACCUUUCUUUCUCUGCAGUCAAGGACGCUUUAUCUUUUUGGGACAUAAGAGGACAUACAAGGACAUAUCUGACUUUUCUUUCUCGCGCUUCUAGUGAUUUCCGAGAGCAUGGAUAGCCCAAAGCUGCUGGAUAUCCCUCAGCUUAGUAAUGAGAUGCAGCUGAAAAUUAUGCACAUGGUGAAGAGUGGAGAGCUGAGCAUCGACGACGCGCUGGACCAGGCAAGAAGAGACAAACUACAGCUGCUUCAGAAGAACUUCGAUUUAGAGGAAAAACAAGCCUCGCAGUACAACUUCAGUGUGCACAAAUUGAAUGCUUACAGAUGGCAAAAAAGGAUACUCCAGAUUGAUUUCAGCACAAAGAAGGUUUGUAAUAUUGAGAAAGGCAUCGUGAAGAGGCAGUUUCCUUUUCAGAACAUUAAAAACUGCCAUGAUGCUGCAGGGACCAGGUUUACAGUGUUGUUCAAGGACCACCAUGACUACGAGCUGGAGGCUAUGUCUAAACAGGACAAGCAAAAAAUCCUGGAACUGAUAAAUCAGAUUAUUUACAGGAAUAUCCAACCUGUAGAUGUGUAUGCGAAGAUUAAAAAGAAACCAGUGUCCCCGAAAAGUCUUCGCGAGGGCCAGCUGCUUCUGCAGAGAGGAGGGCUGGCAUCAUUCAAAUGGAAGAAGUAUGAAGCACAUCUCUAUACAGGACACCUGACCCUGCUCUCGACAACGCAUUGUGAAUAUGAAGAUGAGGAUGAUGUACCUUCUGCGUCCUCCACCCUGCCAAUCAUCAUUCACUUCUCCGACGGCAAUGCCAGCGUAGAGAGCCACUGCACUUUUGACUCUAUGUUUAUGCUAAUCACUAACAACAAUGAGUUCCAUUUCCAGAUUCCAGCAAACGAACAGACGGAUACAAAGGUCAUUAGGAACGAACGGGACGACUGGGUUAAAGCUAUUAACAGGUUAUGCAUGGACUGGAAACGCAACUCUCAGCACGUGUAUGAAGAACUCAGAGAAUCUGUCAAGACUGAAGGAGAAAUUAAAGAGUGUCUAUCUGGCCAUGAGAUAAAACCAGAGGCUGACAGAGUGCAGAACAAUCAUGGGGUUACUGAAUGUCCACCGCUGCCAAAACCCAAUAUAUUGGCUGAAAAUGUAUCUGCUCCAUUGCUGGAGCCAGUGCUCGAACUGUUGUGCUCUCCCGCUCUGGGGUUAGAACAUCUACACAAGUUAAAGGAACCAGUGAAAUCUCCAGAGCCAGAGGCACAGCUUGCAACUGUGACAGCACCGGUGUCUUCUUUAGCCCCGAUUCCUGCUCCUCCUCCUCCAUUGCCACCUCCAUUGCACAAGAAAGGCAAUCUAAAACCACAGAAAGAGAGAACCAAAGCCUUUCACUGGGAUGUCAUAAUGCAAGACAAGAUUGCAAAGUCAUUGUGGACGCGGGGAAGUCCUCGAGAAAUUGAAAUCGACACAUCGCGUCUGUACGAGCAAUUUGGAGUUAAAGACUCGGGGCAGAUUUCUACCACAGAGUCCAGUAAGCAUGCUGAAAUCCUGCUGAAUGCGAAAGUCGCACACAACUUCAAUAUUUUCCUCAAAAGUUUCCCAGUGCAGCCUAAAGAGCUCAAGGACAAAUUGUUCAUUGUUGAUGAGGGUGAAGGAGGCCUGUCUGACGAACACAUUGCUUCUCUCAGGAGGUAUGUGCCAACUCCGGAUGAUAUAGAGAUGUACACGUCCUAUAAAGGAGAUGUGAGUGAACUGCACUUGGUUGAUCAGUACAUGAUGGAGAUGUGUAACAUCCCAUACCUGAGCACUCGACUGGACCUUCUGUUAACUCUCAGAGAACUGCCCAUCACCAUUGAAGACCUGACACCGCUGAUUAAAAAGAAGAUUGACAUGUGUCGUCAGCUGUGGGGCUGCGAAACCUUCACGUACGUGCUUGAGUACCUGCUGACCAUCGGCAAUUACCUCAACCAGCAUGCAGGCAAAGAAAAGGCCAAGGGAUUCCGUCUCUCAUCCUUAACGAAGCUCUCGCAAGUACGUGGGAAUGAGAAGAAGUUCACCUUGCUGCAUGCCCUUGUUGAGCAGAUCAUGUUGCAUGAGCCCCGUUUGGCCACGUUUUUCCAGGAGUUGACGGAAUUUGAGACGGUCCCAGGGGCAUCAAUUAAAGGCCUAACAGCUGAAGUGGAUGUUGUGAAGAAUGAGCUACAGAAGGUCAUUCAGUACAGGAAAACAUACAAGUGGAAAAACUUAGGCGCCCAGGACUCCAAACUCUCGAAAGACUUAAAGACGGCCAUCGAGAAGUAUGAGGUGGAUCUCAGCCAGCUGACGAAGAGGUGCACGGAGAUGAGGAAACUCUACGCUGACAUAUUGGUGAAAUUUGGAGAGCCCUUGGAUCAGGAUUCUCAAGAAGUGUUUGGCUGGGUUUGCCAGUUUAUCAACGAAUUCAGAAAGGUCCAUGCAGAGUUCACAUGUUGAGACUUGCUCCCAUCGAAGUGUUUGCUGUUGUGUACGUGCGUCUGUGUGUGUGUGUGUGUGCGUGUGUGCUUUUGUGUAUUACUAAGAAGCCUGACCUGGCCUCUCAAGCAUAUCAGAGAAGGCGUGUCGAUCCAAAGACCAUUUGAAUGUCAGUCUAAACUGAAGAGCAAGGUUUUCGGUGAGCAGCCUAAUCCAGGGGUUUAAUGAAGGAUUUGCUGGAUCUAUUGCCGAUCCGGUGUUUACUUUGAUUAAAAGUCCUGGGCAGAUUUACUGGAAGCUGAAAGCAGCUUUCGCUCACUCCAGUCCAUAACAAAGAGCACUGCUGGAUGCACUGCUAGCUCAGGAGAAACUGCUCGCUUGGAAGCCGAUAUAGAUCGGCUGUUACUUUUUUGGAGAGCUCUUUCAAUGGAAGUUACUGGGCUGGAGAUGACAAACGGGGGCUGCCAAGCUACCAGCAGCCACACAGCUGCCCAAGAAUGAGGGAGGGCAGAGCAAUGGUCAGAGCCAGCUGAACCCCGUACACACAUUUCUCUAGACACUCCAACAUGAAGACUUCACUGGACUGCUUUUGUUCCUCCUCUUCAUUCAAAUUAGCUUUGCAGAUAAGCCAUGCUUUAGAUUGAUUUUGCUCUGUGACUUGAGGGAGCAUGCAGCUCUAUGUGUCUUACAUUUUAAGCAGACAUCAACCGGCAGACAGAUGUGUCCUUGAUUUUAAAAAGCCAAAUAUUUUGGAAUAAUGGAAGUCUAGGCAGCUCAUUGCUCACAUGUGCCACAAAGCAGUGUUUCAAAAAAAUCGAUUGCCAUUGAAAACUGAAGCGUUGCAGCAUACAUGUGAACGGGUCAGAGAUAAUAAAAAAGACGUGUUUGGUCAUUUAAAAUGAGAAAGGAAACCCAGAAAAGUUUGAUUUUGACAAUGUGCACAGUACUAUGAAACAAUAAAACUGAACCGAUUAAACUGAUAUAAUGUUUU